CUCUCUCUCUCUCUCUCCACGCUGCCUUCAGAGGAGGAGGACGCUCUCCAGACCUCCGCUGGCUCAUCCUUUUGUUCUCCCAGGACACAAACUCUCCUUUCAUGUCUCCUGAGCCCUCGACAGGAAGCUGAGUGUCUGCAGGCCGGACGUCGAGUGGUCUAGAGGUCGUCCGAGGUCAGGCAGCGCGCUCCCUGGGGGCGAUGAGGUUGCUGGUGGUCUGGGCGGCGGCCGUCGCCCUGAGCUGCGCCCUGGUCGCCGCUGGAGACGCCGCCGAGGAGAACCGAGUCUCCGGAGGUCGGAUCCACGCCGGAGAACCCCGAGGGCCGGCGGGGAGACGGGCCGAGGAGGAGGAGGAGGAGGAUGACGGCGUAGUCCGAAUGUCGGACGAGCCCGUUGAAGUGGCGGAGGAGGAGGAGGAGAAGAAGAAACCAAAGAAGAAGAAGACACCUGAGGAAAUUGAGGCAGCCAAAGCAAAGAAAGCGGCGGAGAAGGAAGCGAAAGCGAAGAAGCAGAAAGGCCCCAAACCCACCAGGAGGCCCAAAGCCCCGAAGCCCACCAGGAAGCCCAAAGCCCCGAAGCCCACCAAGAAGCCCAAAGGGCCCAAAGCCACCAGGAAGCCACAGGCGACCACCGUGGCGACGAUGGCGCCGCUGCCCGCCACCGCUCCUCCUCCUCUGGACGAGGAAGAGGAGCGGCUGCUGGUCGAACUGGCCUGGGCCUCGCCCAUUCGACCCGAGACCGGACCUGGACUGGAGGAGCCCGUCGAGACCGGACCUGGACUGGAGGAGCCCGUCGAGACCGGACCUGGACUGGAGGAGCCCGUCGAGCCGGACCUGGAUCUGAUGCGUGGUCGAUAUAACAAAGCUGUGACCACCGAGGCCAUCGACUACAUCCCAGAAGAGACGACCUCCGUCCCCUUCGUCGUCCCGUGGUAUGAAGAGUAUGCGACACGCCGACUUGGCCACCAAGAAGCAAGAGGAGGAGGAGGAGACGGCUCGGAAGGAAAAGGCAGAAAAAGCCGGCUGAGGAAGAGUUGGGAGGAAGAGGAAGAGGAGCGACUGAAGCAGAUCAUCGUCCCUGUUGAACUCAAGAACUGUCCUCCUCUGGGCCUGGAGUCCCACCUGGAGGACGACCAGCUGCUGGCUUCCUCCCAGUCUCACCACGGGUUCAUGGCCGAGGGGCCGCUCAACAUGCAGGGCUCCGCUAACGACGAUGACGGCGGCGCCUGGUGCGCCGAGUCGGAGGAGCGUAACCACUGGUUCGAGGUGGACGCCCGCGAGAGUGGAGUUCACGGGGUCAUCACGCAGGGACGGAACUCAGUGAACCUAGAGGAUUUCGUGUCCUCGUACUUCGUGGCCUUCAGCAACGACAGCCAAGACUGGACGACCCUCCACGACGGCUACGCCGAAUGGCUGUUCUACGGGAACGUGGACAAGGACACGCCGGUGUUGGGCCAGUUCUCGGCGCCCGUGGUGGCGCGGUACAUCCGCAUCCUGCCGCAGAGCUGGAACGGCAGCCUGUGCCUCCGGGCCGAGGUCCUGGCCUGCCAGCUGCCCAGCAGCUACCGCAGCGAGAAUGAAGUCACGCCGCUGGACGACCUGGACUUCCGGCACCACAACUACAAAGAGAUGAGACAGAUGAUGAAGCUGAUAAACGAAGAGUGUCCCAACAUCACCAGGAUCUACAACGUCGGGAAGAGCUCCCAGGGCCUGAAGAUGUACGCCAUGGAGAUCUCCGACAACCCCGGGGAUCACGAGACGGGUGAGCCUGAAUUCCGGUACACGGCCGGUCUCCACGGCAACGAGGCGCUGGGUCGAGAGCUCCUCCUCCUGCUGAUGCAGUUUCUGUGCAAGGAGUACAAAGACGACAACCCCAGAGUGCGCCGCCUGGUGGACAGAGUGAGAAUACACCUGGUCCCUUCGCUCAACCCCGACGCCUACGAGCUGGCCUACGAGACGGGCUCGGAGAUGGGGAACUGGGCUCUGGGCCACUGGACCGAAGAAGGUUACGACAUCUUCCAGAACUUCCCGGACCUCAACAGCAUCCUGUGGGGGGCCGAGGACAGAGGCUGGGUCCCUCGCAUCGUGCCCAACCAUCACAUCCCCCUCGCGGAAAACUUCCUCAAUGGCUCCAUCGGCACGGAGACGAAGUCCAUCAUCUCCUGGAUGGAGCGCACCCCCUUCGUGCUGGGAGCCAACUUGCAAGGAGGAGAAAGACUGGUGGCGUACCCCUUUGACAUGCAGCGCCCGGCGAUCUCCUCAACCGACAGUCGGCGCUGGAGAGGCUCCGGCGACAUGAGCGAGGAGGCGUGGGCUCGCCUCCAGCGGCAGAACGAGGGGUCUCAGAGGGAGACGGAGGACGACGCCAUGUUCCGGUGGUUGGCCAUGGUGUACGCACACAGCCACCUGACCAUGACGGAGACCUACCGCGGCUCGUGCCACGGGGACGACGUCACCGCGGGCCAGGGCAUCACCAACAGGGCCGGCUGGGAUCCGGUGGUGGGCAGUAUGAACGACUUCAGCUACCUGCACACCAACUGCUUCGAGCUGUCCGUCUUCUUGGGAUGCGACAAGUUCCCCCACGAGAGUGAACUUCCUCUCGAGUGGGAGAACAACCGCGAGUCUCUGCUGUCCUUCAUCGAACAGGUCCAUCGGGGGAUAAAAGGUGUGGUGCGAGACGUGGAGGGAACGCCGCUGGCUAACGCCACCAUAUCCGUGGAGGGAAUACGGCACGACGUCAAAACCGCCGCAGGCGGGGAUUACUGGCGGCUGCUGAACCCCGGAGAGUUCCGGGUCACCGCCAAAGCCGACGGCUACACGCCUCAGACCCGCCUGUGCAUGGUGGGCUACGACUCCGGCGCCACCGGCUGCAGCUUCACCUUGGCCCGGUCCAACUGGGACCGCAUCAAGCAGAUCAUGGCGCUCCACGGCCAGAGGCCCAUCCGGCUGGUCCCCAAAGCCAGCGCCCCGAAGACGACGGCGGCCAGCGGCACGCCGGCCACCACCGUGGACAGCCACGCCGCCGCUCAGCGGGCGGAGCGGCUCCGGAGGCUCCGGAUCGUGCGUCUACGCCGGCUGCGUCAGCAGAAACUAAGAGCCGGUCUGAGCACCACUCCGACCACCACAACCACAACAACAGCAGCAGCAGCAACGACAGCCCCCACGGAAAUACCCGAGACCGAGAGAACCACUUCCUGGUACGACUCGUGGUUCCCGGUGGACGGCUGGGUGACGGAGAACCCGUUCGACAGCGUGGACUUCGACUUGGUUCCCACGCAGGACGACGCCUUCGAGUACACGAUUGACUGACCGCUAUAGAGGCCUUCAGGGUCCACAGGAAACACCGGCUUCACUAUUUAGACCUGUUUCUACUCGGUGGGUUCACCACGUUCACAGGAACCACGUUCUGGUUUGUUGCCGUUAUGAAACGACUUUAAGGGAGCAGGCGAGCCGUGAGCCUCCUGCAUCACACCUUUACCUGUAGAGUCUCCACGGCUUCACGGAGCCGCCGGCCUCAGUUAGACUGAGUCAAUGUACUGCCCAAUGCAUCCAUUAAAAAUAAGUGUUUUUUCUAAAAUGAA